CUCAGUCCAGCGGGAGGUUUAUCCAACCAGAGGACUAUGAAGUGGCUCGCAAAUGGGAGGCAGGGUGCUGGGCCAAAUAUGGGCAGAAACUCUUAGGGGCGUGUUUUGCUGAAGGUGCCGGGUUUGCCUGGACAUUAGGGGGGAGGAAUGGGCGUGUCAAAAGUGCCAGUGUGUGAGCUACAUGUCCCCCUUCUCAUAUCGACACUCAAAUAAACAUAAGAAGUCGACCAGGAACGGACUGAAAGAUAUAAGGCCUGCCGAUCUUUAUUCCACUGAAAACAGGUCUUUCUGGAGCUCCUGACCGGAGCAUUCAUCACCCUUCAUAGCAGUAUUUGGACCUGAUAGAGGUACUGCUUGGGGACCUCUAACCUACCAAACAUUAUUAGUGGUUGCACCUUCCUGGAACUUUCUGGAAGACAUUUUGGACCCUCUUGAUUAUAGUUUAACCAAUCAGGGGUCUCGUAACACUUGUUUAAGGACAUUUGGAGUCCUCUGUCUGACUGGUUUAAAGAUGGCUGCCACAGAGCUGAUGCUGCAGGAUGACGAGCGACAGACUGAAGGCAACUCUCUCCUGGACGUAUCCGUGACGAUAGAGCCCCUCCCCCCUCCUCACAUCAUACCCAAUGGCAACGCCCGCUGCAACCCCUCCUCAGCAACAACAGACCAUGCCCCUAACACCAAGCCCAAGUGUAACCACGACGAUCGCCAGGACGGCGGCAGCAGUGUUACCAGCAAGUCCAGCCGGCUGAUCCGCUCCCUUAGUAACGGUCUCCGUAGACACCACAACUAUGUCAAAAUUCCGAUUCCAGAUGGCCGUGGCAACCGGUUACCACGGGAAUGGUGGAAAACUGGUGUGGCGUUUGUUUACGCGCUCUUCAACCUGGUCCUGACCACCGUCAUUAUCACAGUUGUACACGAACGGGUCCCAGACAAGUCUGUCAGCCCGCCGUUACCAGACAAGUUCUUUGACUAUGUGGAGCGUGUCCCAUGGGCCUUCACGGUAACGGAGGUCAAUGGCAUGGUUCUGGUUGGACUCUGGUUCAUACAGUGGCUCUUCCUCAAACACAAAUCUAUCAUUGGAAGGAGGUGUUUCUUCAUGAUUGGAACAUUAUACCUGUAUCGCUGUGUUACUAUGUACAUCACAACAUUACCUGUGCCUGGCCAGCACUUCACCUGUGCUCCCAAGCUGUACGGAGACUCGGAAAGGAAGGUGUGGCGAAUCCUGCGACUGAUUAGUGGGGGAGGCCUGUCAAUCACCGGGUCCCACCUCAUGUGUGGAGACUUCCUGUACAGCGGACAUACUGUGACCCUAACACUGGCAUACCUGUUCAUUCAGGAAUACUCUCCCAAGAAGAUGAGGUGGUAUGUGGUGCUGUGCUGGUUGCUAAGCGCAGUGGGCAUUGUCUGUAUCCUGAUUGGUCAUGAGCAUUACAGCAUUGAUGUUGUCAUCGCCUACUUCGUUACAUCACGCCUCUUCUGGUGGUACCACACCAUGGCCAACACUAAGGCCCUGCGCGGGGCGCCUAACAACUACUUGUCAAGAACCUGGUGGAACCCGAUAUUUAACUUCCUGGAGAGUAACGUCACCACGCCGGUACCGUGUGUGUUCUCCUGGCCCAUAUCUCUGCCCUGGUGUAACACCAACCCAUGUGAGCAGUACUCCAUGGUGGAAGGAGACGCAAACAGGGACGAGUAGAGGAGAGGAGGAGAGGAGGAAGAUUGAAAAGCCGGAUGAAACACUGGACUUGAGGACAAUGAGGCCAAAACAUUCCUGUCUUCCUGUUUGCAGACUGUCUGCUUCCAACUUGACCAAACACACACACACACACACACACAUUCUAGGACUGGGCAAUUCUAAAGUAGGUGCCUGUGUGUGGAUAUAGAAUGGAGAACUGUUCUAAACAUGUCUUCCAGGCCUUGUGCCUUGUGGAGAGAAUGAAGGUCUGUCCAGUGAGACUGCGGCGUAGUCUGCAGAGACUGUCUGAGUGUAGACUUUCCUGUGAUGAGGUGGUCUGUGGACUGUAUUGGUUCAGAGAGGUUCAUUAGGGAGUAGACUGCCAUGUGACAACUACUCAUUAUGCAUCUGUAUGCAUCUGCCAUUGGUCGUUCCAGCCAGAGGUUGGACAAAAUCUAAUUCUGACGUUUUAAGGAUAAUAAUUCAAAUAUCUUCAUAGCGACCCUCCCACACGGCCUUUCCACGUGACCUUCCCACACGACCUUUCCACGUGACCUUCCCACACGACCUUUCCACGUGACCCUCCCGCACGACCUAUCCACGUGACCCUCCCACACGACCUUUCCACGUGACCCUCCCGCACGACCUAUCCACGUGACCCUCCCACACGACCUUUCCACGUGACCUUCCCGCACGACCUUUUCACGUGACCUUCCCACACGGCCUUUCCACGUGACCCUCCCACACGACCUUUCCACAUGACCCUCCCACACGACCUUUCCACGUGACCUUCCCACAUGACCCAGAAAAGAAGUGGACACAACCGGACUGGCGCACCAGAAAAUGUUUGGUUCUAGAUAAAUUAUUAAUUAUUGAGUUUGCUUUUAUCCAUGUUACUGAAAUGUGUUUUUGUUUCAUAUACUUCUUAAUUUGUUUGUAAUUUAAACUUGUGUAAAUGAGUGUAAUCUAAUGUAUGCUUUGGUAAUAAAACCGGUUCUUACUUAGCCAUG